AUGGCUCCAAAAAUUGUGUUUUACCUCUUUCUUUUUGUCCUUGUCGUUGAGUUUCAGACGUCCUUUGGGCAAGGCGGCGUGAAUGGAGCAUAUUGGUUGGCAGACGCCGGAGUUCCAGCCUCCGACAUAGACUCCACUUUGUUCACUCACAUUUUCUGUGCAUUUGCAAACCUUGAUCCUCAAACCAACAAGGUCACCCUUCCCUCUGCAUCAUUUUCCCAGUUCACACCCACUGUCCGCCGCAAAAACCCUUCCGUCAAGACCCUGCUAUCCAUCGGCGGCGGAACUUUUCCGGCCAUGGCCAGCCAACCCAGUUCACGGAAAUCGUUCAUCGAUUCCUCCAUUUCCGUAGCUAGAGCUAACGGGUUUUCUGGGUUGGACCUGAACUGGGAAUACCCAAGAACCACGAAUCAAAUGGCUGAUCUGGAGUCUCUCCUGAAAGAAUGGCGUGCCGCGGUGGCUGCUGAGGUUACCGCUGCUCUUAACGGCGGUGAUUUACUACCCAUCCAAAAUUAA